AGUAAUAAUAAAUAUAUGUAUUGAUUACAGAUUGAUGAGAUAAAAACAACGGAAAAUAAGACCUUUCUUAUCGCUGCUUUGUAUUUGGAGGAUAGAUUUCAAAUUUAUCAAAUUCCUAAUGAAAAAAUAGAGAUCGACAAUAGUACAAUUAAAUCCAUACAAAAGAUUCGCCGCCCAGGAAGAACCACAAGAACUCUUUUACUGCAACAUUCGUCCAAUUUGUAUUUGAUCACUGGUUAUAUGGAUUCGGAUUCAGGAAAAAUUGCGGUUUACAGGUGGCUCAAUUAUCAUUUCUCAGUAGAGGAUGUGAAAGAUGUGCCACGUCACACGGAAUUGAUAGUACACGGCAGCAAACAGUUGGUGAUUUUGGUUUUAGACUUUACCAAUCAUCCAGAACGAUCGACUAAUCACAUAUAUGUGUUGAAUGACCAACGAAAAAUUGUGAAAACUCAAGAAAUGUAUUUUCUCUUUCCACGCAUGCCGCACUAUGUCGUCAACGAUGAUUUGUAUAUCCUACGUUGCCUGGCUAUUGAUAAAUGUUUCCUUUAUAAAUGGAACGGUGAAAAUCUCUUCCUAAGAGUCAGUAAAAUUGGUCUAAAUCCAAAACAUAUCGAGCUUAUUGAUAACAAGGACAGCAUCAUUGCUUUGUCAUUCAAAAAUGAACUGUUCUUUUACCGUGGUCAACCGCUCCUGAAGGUGGCAUCAGCAUACGCAGUGGUUUCCGAACAUGGUCCUCCAAUAGCCAAUCACAUUUUUCUUGGCCCUACUACAAAGCAAUUCUAUCUGUACAAAGAGUCCCAAAACGGAAAUUUGUACAUUUUCCUUAUCGGCGAUGAGUACGAAAAUGUGUUGGAGGUAUUUCAACUAAAGCUGAGUAAACAUCAACGAAUGAGUCCAAGUGAAGGAGACCAAGAAAAUUUCAAUGCACUUAAAACAAGCCUUUUGAACAUUAAAACGAUUGUGAAUAUAAGAAAGGGUUGGAUUGAUUUAAUGAAAUAUCAAAUGACUAAGGUUGUUCGUGCUUGUAAAAGUCAUUCUAGAUCUUCGUUGUCAACGAACACGGUUUUUAUAGCCGAGUCAAAUGCGGUGACAAAAAUGUCCAUGGAAGGGAUAUCGAAAGAUCAUACAUCACUAUCAGCAUUGUAUAAAUGGAACAGUUUAAAAAGUAUGUUAAGCAACAUAUAUACAAGAUCAAAGGACCUCUUCUAUCUGAAUAGACCCAACGCUGUGCACAUCGAUAUGAAAGUUCAGGGAAAUCUGCAUACAAAAAAUGUUGAAAUUAAAAGUAUUACGGUCAAUCCCAGCAUCAGCAGGAAACGAUCUAAAAGAAAGGUACAGUCGGUUCGCAGUCUCACUGGAGUAACAAUUAACGCAAAUGAUGUUAUACAUUUGAGUAGCUCGUUCAAAGGUUUAGUUUCCAGAAACAGAAUCAAUCGUUUUCCCUUUUCAUUGGCAUUGAAAGACAUCCAUACUCGUAAAAUUACAUCAAAGACCAACACCAUCAACAUGGUUCCUAUAAAGAGUACGUUAUACAACAUAUCAAAUAGUAUGCAAAAGGGUCAUAAAAAGUUCAGUGCAAUCGAAUCAACAACUGGAAACAUUUCUCACAUUGGCAGUAAAGAUAGACAAUUUAAGAUAUCUGUUUUGCGAAAUGCUCUCACCUCAGUAGAGAGUAACGCAGAAGUACGCCUAUCAGGAACGCGUGAUGUAAACCAUUUGAUUGUCGUUGAGCAUUUGAACAAUGUACAUAUGAAAGAUUUAUUCAAGAAUCUGUAUUAUGUGGAAGCAGGAUCAGUCAUAAAAGGUAGGUCUGUCUAUGGCUAGGUCUAUGGUCACUAGAGUUCCCAGAAUAUGGGACUUUUUCUCAUAACCUUGCUCUACAAGCUGAAUAUUAUUCCUUGAGCUAUUUAAGAACUCUGGACCAAAUAUGAGCAAAAUCAGUCAACAUUUACCCAUUGAUACUUGAAGGUGAAGUUCGUAAGGGAAAAGUAAAAAAAAUGUAUGGAAACCCCAAAUUUCGUGUGGCUUGGUCUGCAGGGUGCGCUACAUCCAUCAAAUUAUUCUCAAAAGUGAGAUUCCCAUUCUCGAAUAAGUUUUCAAAAGAACGUAAGAGCCAUUGGCAAACAAAGCCUUUUUUCCAUCGGCAUUCGACCUACUCAAAUAAAAUCAAUUUUGAAAAAUGGUUGAGAUUGUUCAUCUACAAGUCUUUCAAGUGCCUUAAACUAGAAUAAAUGAAAUAUUGUUUCAAUUUGAAGAAAACUGGAUAUUAGUGUUGGAGGCCACGGUGGCUCUUACGGCUUUUGAAAACUCACCCGAGCAUUGGAAAGCAGGAAAAGCGCGCUCUGUCAAAACUUAUAUUUUCUACAUGUUUCAAUAUAUUUUCACACCGGAAUGAUUUAGUGCCUUCGACUUAGUGUAAGUAUCAGGCAGAAAAAGAUAUUUUAUUAAUAUUUAAACUUGAUUCAACAUAUUUUCUUACUGGAAUGAUAAGUGCAAGUAUCGGGCAGAGAAUGAUAUUUUCUUGAAAUUUAAACUUGAUUCAACAAAUUUUUAUACUGAAAUAAUUAAGUGCCUUCUACUAAGUGCAAGUAUCGGGCUGAAAAUGUUUUUUUGUAAGAAUUUAAACUUGAUUCAACAUAUUUUCUUACUGGAAUGAUUUAGUGCCUUCGACUAAGUGCAAGUAUCGGCUGAAAAUAAUGUUUUCUUAAAAUUCAAACUGGAUUCAACAUAUUUUCACACUGGAAUGAUUUAGUGCCUUAGACUAAGUACAUGUUUCGGGCUGAAAAUGAUAUUUUCUUGAAAUUUAAACUUUAUUCAACAAUUUGUCACACUGGAAUGAUUUUGUGCCUUCGACUAAGUGCAAGUAUCGGGCUGAAAAUGAUAUUUUCUUAAAAUUCAAACUUGAUUCCACAUAUUUUCACACUGGAAUGAUGUAGUGCCUUCGACUAAGUGCAAAUAUCGGGCUGAAAAUGUUCUUUUCUUAAAAUUUAAGCUUGAUUCAACAAUUUUUUAUACAGGAAUGAUUUAGUGCCUUCGACUAAGUGCAAGUAUCGGACUGAAAAUGAUAUUUUCUUAAAAUUUCAACAUGUUUCAACUUAUUUUUACACUGGAAUGAUUUAGUGCCAGCGCCGUACCUAGGGGUUGGCGCAGUUGGCGAUCGCCUAGGGCGCCGAAAUCGAUGAUUGUACAACAUUUUCAUGUCAGUUAUAACAUCCUCAUUAGAUAUUUGAAACAGAAAGGGCGCCAAAUUAUAAAGGAGAACUACAAAUAACUAGAUAAUUUAGCUUAAAGUAUUAAAAAAAUAUUUAGGGGCGCCAAAAUCUAUUCCAGAGUUUUUUUUUUGAAAAGGACUAUUGGCUUUCAUAUGUUUAUAGGACCUAAUCAAACAAAAAACUCUAGAAUUGUUUGUAGAGGGUGACGAUUUUCAAGAUUUUCAAUUUCCCGGGAAUCGAGAGUUGAAUUUGACCAUUUCCCGGGAAUUCCCGGGACCCGGGAUUUUUUUUUAACUAGGCUAAUAGUGCCAAUUAUUUAAAAAGAAAAGUAAUAAAUUUGUUUCUUUUCAAUGAAUUCAGUUACAAUUAAGUCAUACUUAUUCAAUGAAACGUUUAUUUAAGUUGCCUUAUUAUUUGGAGUAACUAUUUGUAGCCUUGAUUUUUUUUAAAUUGCAAAUACAAGAUCGUUUCUUGAGCAUUGCCGGGACCCGUGGUGUAGGGGUAAGCAUGGUUGCCUCUCACCCAGUCGGCCCGGGUUCGAUCCCAGAAGGUCCCGAUGGCAAAUUUUGAGACGAGAUUUGCCUUCCGUCGGACGGGGAAGUAAAUGUUGGCCCCGGUCUAACCUAGAGGUUAGGUCGUAACCCCAAGAAA